UAUUUAAAGCUCUCAUGUAUUUCCUCUGGUCUUCUCCUUUUCCGUAGCUUUAGAAGAAUUAUCUCUCUUCAAAUUAAAUUCCAACCAUUAGAUAUUUGUUUUAUUACACCAACUCACAACCGUGUGAUCUUUCUUCGAUCGCAAGUCUCUCUCCUUUCAUCAGUGAAGGAAAAUUUGUGUAUUUAAAUCUUCAAAGUAUCGUCGUUAUUAGCUAAUAUUGUUUGUGGCAUCUCGACAUCGUUGAAGUUGUUUUCCAGCGGAGUUUUUCUCGGUGGAUUUUCUUUUUCUUUUGUUGAGAUGGUUUUACUUUUACUGGUGAUGUAGACUGUAGUAAACGAGCGAAAGCCUUAAAGCUCCUUCAAGUGGGUGGGUUGCUUCUCUUAAAAAUGGGGUGUUUUUAUUCUACUGCAUGUAAGCAAUGUCCUGGACAUGAAGACCCUGUCUUUCUAGCUGCUCAGACUGCUUUUAGUGUUAGUGAAGUUGAAGCAUUGUUCGAGUUGUUUAAGAGCAUAAGUAGUUCAGUGAUUAAUGAUGGGUUGAUAAGCAAGGAAGAAUUCCAAUUAGCUUUAUUCAAGAACAAAAAGAAAGAGAAUCUUUUUGCUAAUCGGAUUUUUGAUUUGUUUGACGUUAAAGGAAAAGGAGUAGUUGACUUUGGGGACUUUGUCAGAGUACUGAACGUCUUCCAUCCUAAUGCUUCUCAAGAAGACAAGAUAGACUUUACCUUUAGGCUUUACGACUUGGAUGGCACUGGAUUUAUUGAACGCCAUGAGGUGAGACAAAUGUUGAUUGCCAUUCUAUGUGAAUCUGAACUAAAGUUGGCGGAUGAAACGAUUGAAAUUAUACUUGAUAAGACAUUUCAAGAAGCUGAUGUAAAUCAAGAUGGAAAGAUUGAUAGAUCAGAGUGGCAUCAGUUUGUAUUAAAAAAUCCUUCGUUGUUGAAAAUUAUGACUGUCCAAUAUCUCAGGGAUAUCACAACAACAUUCCCAAGUUUUGUUUUCCACUCGGAAGUCGAUGAAAUAGUGGCAUAAAAAGAAGAUGUUUAAGUCAUUAGCAGCCUCAUUAUUAUGUUUGAUAAUAAUGGGGGCGGAAUUUGCACAUAGUUAGAUUUUCCCUUAUUUUUUCACUGCCUAAACUAUUGUUAUCCUCACCAUUUAGAAAAGUUUGAGGUGUGUUAAGAUAGCCAAUAGCAAGUGCAUAUGCUUUUGCUGUCAUUAAACCUUGAGUUAAUGCAGAAUCACUAUUGUUGUGUUCUGAAUUUCCAGUACUAGUUUUGUUUCAUUUUCAGGAAGAACAAAGAUAUAAUAGCUGAAAAUUU